ACAAAUGGGUCCAUUUCAUCAGCAAAGCAGAGAGAGGCUUCUCUCGGAGAAUGGAUACUCAGAUGAUUCCGGCUUCCUCGAUGAAUCGAACUGGUGUUUCCGCGGGAUGGCCAAGUUGUACGAGAUGGGACAAGCUGAUCCUAGGAAGGUCUUCUUCGCGGUCAAGAUGGGAAUGGCUCUCUCUCUUUGCUCUAUAGUUAUCUUCCUCAAAGAGCCACUUCAUGAAGCUAGUAAAUACUCUGUAUGGGGCAUCCUUACUGUCGUCGUGGUUUUCGAGUAUUCCGUAGGAGCAACUCUGGUCAAAGGAUUCAACAGAGCUUUAGGAACAUUAUCAGCUGGGGGACUUGCUCUUGGCAUCGCGAGGCUCUCUGUUUUAUCAGGAGAUUUCAAGGAAGGCAUCAUCAUAAUCUGCAUAUUCCUUGCAGGUUUCAUUGCUAGCUAUUCAAAACUCUACCCGGCCAUGAAGCCUUAUGAAUACGCAUUCAGAGUGUUCUUGUUGACAUACUGUAUUGUUCUUGUUUCGGGUAACAACACCGGUGACUUCUUCAGCACUGCCUACUACAGGCUUUUGUUUAUUAUUGUCGGUGCAACCACUUGUUUGGUUGUGAAUAUAUUCAUAUUUCCAAUAUGGGCCGGGGAAGAUCUCCAUAAACUUGUGGCCAAUAAUUUCAAGAAUGUGGCAAAUUCACUAGAAGGAUGUGUUAAUGGCUACUUGCAAUGUGUGGAAUACGAGAGAGUACCCUCCAAGAUUCUCACGUACCAAACAUCUGAUGAUCCAUUAUACAGUGGCUACAGGUCAGCUAUUCAAUCUACAAGUCAAGAAGAAUCACUGCUCGAAUUUGCCAUAUGGGAGCCUCCACAUGGACCUUACAAAACGUUUAACCAUCCUUGGGAAAACUAUGUCAAACUUAGUGGUGCAUUAAGGCAUUGUGCUUUCACUGUCAUGGCAAUACAUGGUUGCAUACUUUCAGAGAUACAGGCAGCUCCAGACAAACGACAAGCUUUUCGUAAUGAGCUUCAAAGAGUUGGUAAUGAAGGAGCAAAAGUUCUGCGUUUGAUUGGAGACAAUGUGGAGAAAAUGGAGAAGCUUAGCCCCGGAGAGAUUCUAAAUGACGUUCAACGUGCAGCAGAGGAGCUACAAAUGAAAAUAGACACUAAAUCUUACCUUCUUGUCAACUCAGAAAGCUGGGCGGCUACUAAAGAGCAAGCUGAGGCAGAAGAAGAAGAAGCUCACGAGACCAAAGUGAUCAAAUCCUUAAGUCAGAUAUGGGAUAGUAACAGCAACAAUCAGGAUCCAGCUAGUGGUAAUGAAGGAUCUAAUGUAUGGAUGUCAACAGAGAGUAUGAUGUUAAGGAACCGGGAGACGUGGCCAAGCGUGUCUUUCAUUGAUGGUUCUGUAGUGAAUGAUACAGUAUAUAAAGUAUACGAAAGCGCGAGUUCUUUGUCUUUGGCUACGUUUGCUUCCCUUCUCAUAGAGUUUGUUGCAAGGCUGGAGAACCUUGUAACCGCGUUUGAGGAGCUAAGCACAAAAGGAGAUUUCAAAGACCCUGUUUUUAACGUAGUAGAUCAAGAGGGGUUAUGGAAUAGACUCAUGAGACUAAGGAGACUUAGGAGAUACUUUGGCAGAAGCUAAUUUAAAAAUGUAAUCCUGAGAGGAUCAU